GGACACGCGAUUCAACUUUACUGAUCAUCUGCACAGUAAUUUGACCCGGAAGGGAAUUAGAACCUUCUUAGAUGAUGGUCUUAAGAGAGGGGAAGAAAUAUCACCGGCUCUUCUCAGAGCGAUCGAAGAGUCGAAGAUUUCCAUCAUCGUGUUCUCCGAAAACUAUGCAUCUUCGAAGUGGUGCUUGGAUGAACUCGUCAAGAUCCUUGAGAGUAAAGAAACAAGGGAGCAAAUAGUUUGGCCUGUUUUUUACAAGGUGGAUCCGUCGGAUGUACGGCAUCAAAGGGGCAGUUUCGGUCAGGCACUUGCUGACUAUGAAUGUGAGUUCAAAGAUGACACGGAGAAGGUGCAAAGAUGGAGGAGAAGUCUUACGAAAGCAGCCAAUCUGUCCGGAUGGUGUUUCAUCAACGGCAAAGUACCCAGUUGGAAUAGAGUCUCGUGUGCGCGAGAUAGAUAAGCUUUUGGGUGUUGGAGGAAACGAUGUCCGCAUGGUAGGGAUAUGGGGCACUGGUGGAAUAGGUAAGACAACAAUUGCUAAAGCUGUUUAUAAUUCCAUCGCCCAUAUGUUUGAAGGUUGCUGUUUUCUAGAUGAUGUUAGAGAAAGAUCAAUGUCGUAUGGAGGCUUAGUCAAACUACAAAGUAUUCUUCUUUCUGAGAUUCUAGGGGUGAAAGAAGUAAAGGUGACCAAUGUUGACAAAGGAAUCAAUGUGAUAAAGAAAAUGUUGAAUGGUAAGAAGCUUCUCCUAAUUCUUGACGAUGUGAAUCAAUUGGACCAAUUAAACAAAUUAGUUGGAAGGUCUGAUUGGUUUGGUUCAGGCAGCAGAAUUGUUCUAACGACAAGAGAUAAGCAUUUGCUAAUUGCUCAUCAAGUCAAUCUAAUAUAUGAGGUUGAGAAGUUAGAUUAUUAUGAGUCCUUAAAGCUCUUCGCCAGUUGGAAUUCAUUUUCAAGAAAUGGACACUUAGAAGAUGAUUAUGCGAAACUUGCAAACAAGGUAGUAGACUAUGCUGAGGGUCUUCCAUUAGCUCUGAUGGUUUUGGGUUCACAUCUAUGUGGUAGAAGUAUUGAUCAAUGGAAAUAUGCAUUAGAUGGUUACAAAAGAGUUCCUAACCGAGAGAUUCAAGAAAUUCUCAAAAUAAGUUAUAAUGCACUAGAAGAUGCGGUGAAGGAAGUUUUCCUUGAUAUUGCAUUUUUCUAUAAAGGUCUAGGCGAGGAUUGUGUGAUACAUGUACUAGAAGAUUGUGACCUCAACCCUAAGUAUGAUCUUGAAGUACUCGUAGAAAAGGCUCUUAUAAAUAUUACAGAAGAAGGCUGCAUUUGGAUGCAUGACUUGAUACAAGAAAUGGGUAAAGAAGUAGUUCGCCAAGAGUCACCAACUGAGCCCGGAAAACGUAGUAGGUUGUGGUUUCAUGAGGAUGUUUACCAUGUUUUAACAGAAAACACAGGAACGGAUAAGAUCAAAGGUAUUAUGGUGAAGUUGCCUGCUGGGGUUGAGUCAGAUGAGGUAUGUUUGAAUGCUGAAAGCUUCUCAAAGAUGAAAAAUCUUCGACUUUUUAUAAAUCAUAAUGCGCGCUUGUCUGGAGAAGUUGAUUAUCUUCCCAAUGAGUUGAGGUUCCUUAGCUGGCCUGAAUAUCCAUCACAAUCUUUGCCAGCCAAUUUUAAUCCAAAGAAACUUGUUGGUCUUACUAUGCCUCGUAGCCGCAUUUUACGACUGCAUUUGGAAUUCAAGAGUUUGAAAUUUUUAAAUUUGGAGCACAGCAAAUUCCUAAGAAAAAUCCCUGACUUCUCUGGAGUCCCAAACUUGGAGAGGUUGAAUCUAAAAUAUUGUACAAGUUUAGUUGAGCUUCAUCCUUCUGCUGGAUUCCUUCAUAAGCUUGUUGAGUUGAGUCUUACGGGAUGCCGUAGUCUUACUCUGUUUCCAAGAAUUGUCAACUUGAAAUCUCUGCUGAAGUUGAAUCUUUACGGUUGCAUAAGUCUUGAGAAUUUUCCUGAAAUUAAGGGGAAGAUGGAAUCUUUGAAAUACCUGAGUCUAUCAAGGACUUCCAUCAAAGAAUUGCCUUCAUCGUCAGUUCGACAUUUCACUCGUCUCGAGAAUUUGUAUUUAACCGGAUGUGAAAACCUUACAAAUCUGCCAUGCAGCAUUUAUGAGUUGAAGCACCUAGAGACAAUUUCUGCCUUUAAAUGCUCAAAAUUGGUUUCAUUUCCUAAAAUGGCGAAGUCUGAAGAUUCAAGGAGUGCAGAAUCACUUGUGACUCUUCAAGGAGGCAAUUUAGCGUUUCCCAAGCUAUCUAGAUUCUAUGUGGGCCGAUCCAAUCUUUCAGACAUUGCCGAUUUCCUUCUGACUCUUGAUUGCACGACCACAUUAACUAUACUUGAUCUAUCAGGACACAAUUUCGUUAGUCUUCCCGUAUGCAUUAAUAACUUUGUCAACUUGGAGCAACUUUUUUUGAUAAGUUGCCAGAGACUUAGAGAAAUUCCAGAUCUUCCACAAGCAUUGCAACUUUUAGAUGUGAGGGAUUGCUUAUCAUUGGAAAGAGUUUCAAAAUUGUCCAACCUUUUGGAACGUAAAGAGUCUCAAAUGUUCGUGGAAUUGAGAUUGACUAAUUGUUGGAGACUGCGUAACAAUCUGGUUCGAAUUGCAAAGAAGAAAAGUAUGUUCAUAAAUCAAGUCAAUCUCUUCUCUCUCUUUCUCUUGUCUCUCACAUCUCAUGUCAUGGUUGAAUUUCCAGGAAGGGGAAUUCCAAAGUGGUUCAGUUAUCGUAAGGAUUUGAAGGAUCUUUGCGAAUGUCAAUUCUCUAUUAAAACCUCUCAAAAUUUCAAUUGGGAGAACAAAGGAAUUUCUUUUUGUGCUUUUCUCGAAAAGACCACAAAUAGGUUAUGUCAUUAUAUUGAAUCCAGCAUCAUGGAGUUUGCUAUUGAUAUUUACAUCGAUGAAGCACCUUAUAUUAUUCAUUCAACAAUGAAAGAAUCGAGUUUAGUGUGGCUGUCAUAUUUCCCUUUCCAUGAUUUGAUGUGGAGAAUGGCAUGCACGAGAAGAAAGGUGAAAGGAACAUGGGUGAUGCCGCCUUAUUUGCCUACAAUCCGAGUUCAUUUUGUGCGUAUUAGCAAAGCUGUGAAAAGCUUCGGAGUCCACCUAGUAAUGCCACCAGGAUGAAGACCUCAGUAUAGAGGCAUGGGUAUGUCCAGGAAGAUACCAAUCGAUCAAUCCUCCAAAGGGAAAGGACAGUAGCAUUCGAAUGUGAUUGGGAAGAUAAGGAUUUGCAUCCUUCUUACAAGCUGACAUUCUCAAGCCCGUGGGUAGAAUUCAGUGAUCUAUAUUUGUGAUUGUUUGUGUUAAUUCCACAUGAUUGGUUUCUUAGACUUCAAUUGAGUUUUGAAUGGUGGAUGUUGGAAUGGUGCAGUCUUGCUCUAUGCAAGAUGAGAUAAGAGGAGAGGAGACUGGAUAUACCGUAUAAAGUUAUACUUCCAGAGCUCUAAUGGUUUCCUGGCUGUCUUUACUUCUUGCUGUUUGGUUUUGUAAAUGAUUUGUUACUGGUGUGGUGAUUCUACUGUCCUUCCUUCAGUUUGGGGUUGCUAGUAUUGCAGUCCCUAUGGGUUGGUCUCCCCUUGGUGCGCCACUGUUUUUGGCUAGUUGCUCUUCACAGUUCCUGUCUUUUGACCUGCUUUUAUGGUUAGUGCUGCCUUGCUGUAUUAUUAAAGUGUGUUGCUGGCUGUAGACUUUGUUCUUCCUGCGGCUGCGUUGUGUUUUUUAUAGCAGAACAGAAAAGAGCCUAGGAACCUUAUAAACCAUAAUUCAGAUCCUAAGCUUAGAUCUGGCUGAAUAGAGCAUGACACAGCUAAUAAGUGAAUACAAGAGCCAAAACAUACUUGAACAACCAAAAGUCACUGCCUUAUGCACACUUAAUACUGGGGCCACGAAAUUUCUUUUAAUUACAUACAAUAAGUACACACUAACAGACUGAAAUUGAAUUCAAGACUUUGAGAAGAGUGUUACCUUUGUUUAUAUGCAGCAGCAACAGAUUUACUAGAUGACCU